UUCACAAACACACGCAAAAUCACACGGAGAAACAGAGAGAGAUGGAAAUGAGUGGAAAUGGAGGUAGAACGAUGAGCGGGAAAACACAGAAGAAGAAGAUAAGCUUAGAGAAUUACCUGGAUAUUAUUCACAGUCACAAGCAACUCGAUGAUCUCAAUAUCGCUAAUCUCAAGGAGAUCAUUAGCAUGCACGGAUUCAAAAAAAUGGAGACUACAAAGAACGUUCUGAUUGAGGCGGUGAAAACAAUGGAGUUAAUGGACCUUAGUCGCUCCACAUUACAAGAGGAAAUAUCAUCAGAAGAAGCGGUUGUUUCUGUUGAUGAAGCAAUCAAAGACCUAACUCAACUCAACUGGCAAGAGUGCUGUGUCGCCUCUCUUCAAACCAUUUGUUUCUCUGCUGAUGGAGUUGUUAGAGACUACUCAAAUCACUGCCACGAGAAGAAGAAGAAGAAGAAGAAGAAGACCAACAAUGAUGCUUCAGCUUCCUCAGUGCCGAAUAUUAUGCUGCCACCAACUGACAAAGAAGUAACAGGAAGUCAAGCUGCUGAUGAAGGGUUAAGUAUUAACUUGACAAAGCAGUCAACUAUUACUGAGGUUGCUACGCAAGGUACUAAUAUUGAACGAGAUGGAUAUGGUGGUUCUACUCAAGAUGAUGUUGUUGGACGUGAUGGAUAUGAUGGUUCUACUCAAGGUGCUGAUGUUGGGCGAGAUGGAUAUGGUGGUUCUACUCAAGGUGAUGUUGUUGGGCGUGAUGGAUAUGGUGGUUCUACUCAAGGUGAUGCUGUUGGACGUGAUGGAUAUGGUGGUUCUACUAAAGUUACUAAUGUUGGACUUGAUGGAUAUGGUGUUUCUGCUCAAGGUGAUGUUGUUGGACAUGAUGGACAUGAUGGACAUGGUGGUUCUACUCAAGGUACUGAUGUUGGACAUGAUGGAUAUGGUGGUUCUACUCAAGUUGAUGUUGUUGGGCGUGAUGGAUGUGGUGGUUCUACUCAAGGUGAUGCUGUUGGACGUAAUGGAUGUGGUGGUUCUACUAAUGUUGGACUUAAUGAAUAUGGUGUUUCUACUCAAGGUGAUGUUGUUGGACGUGAUGGAUAUGGUGGUUCUACUCAAGGUGAUGUUGUUGGACGUGAUGGAAAUGGUGGUUCUACUCAAGGUGAUGAUGUUGUUGGUGUUUCUAAGAGAGGCAGGAGUGUGAAGAGAAGAAUCAUGACAGAAUAUGUUACUACUGUGCUUAAAAAGAAGUCUAGAGUUUCUAAGCAGUAGAGUAUCUUGAGAGGUGUUUUUGGAUUUUUGUCUUAAAUUUACAGUUUAAACGGGACACCUUGUGAAGAUGCACUGUACUGUUUAUGUUGCUUAUUAAGCAGUUUUGUGCUGAUGUUGCUUAGUGGGCGCAUUUUGGCCGUGGAUUACCGAAGUUCGAAAUUUGCAAAAUCUGAUGGCUAACCCAGUAUUUGCAAUAUUGUUUAGUCUGAAAGGAAAUGUGUGGUAAGAACAGUGUGUGUGAGAGAGAGAACGUUUCCCCACGCCUAAUAAAACUAUUCUGGUGUAUGCCAAAAUACCUCAUCCUCUUGUUCCCGACAGAGAACCAUCAAGUUUUGAUAAACUGG